UGUAUGCUGGAAGUUUCUCUUGCCAAACUACACAAAGUUCAUCGCGGCAGCCAAAAAGGAAGUCUCUGGAUUUUCCCGCGCAUUUUUUUUGACUCAAUGGCUCCCAAAUCUGAUACUGCGGAAGCUAUUGUGCUCAACUUCGUGAACGAGCAAAAUAGACCUCUAAAUGCUCAGAGUGUGGCUGAUUCUUUGCAAAAGUUUAACCUCAAAAAGGCUGCCAUUCAAAAAGCACUGGAUAAUCUUGCUGAUGGUGGGCGGAUUUCAUUCAAAGAGUACGGUAAGCAAAAGAUAUAUAUUGCAAAGCAAGAUCAAUUUGACAUCCCAAACAAUGAAGAUCUUGCGCGAAUGAAGGAGGAAAAUGCCAAGUUGCAGGAACAGCUUGACGAGCAAAAGAGAGCAAUCGGCAAGGUUGAGGGAGCAAUUAAGAUUUUGCAGUCGAAUUUGACACUGGAAGAUAUACGACAGAAAGAGGCCCAACUGAGAAAGGAGGUUAACGAAAUGGAGGACAAACUGGCUAAAUUACGUGGAGGCGUUACCUUGGUGAAGGUUGAGGAUAGAAAGAUUGUUGAAGAAAUAUAUACUGAGAAGGUAAGUCAAUGGAGAAAGCGUAAAAGGAUGUUCAAAGAUCUCUGGGAUGCUAUAACUGAGAACUCACCAAAGGAUCUCAAGGAAUUUAAGGAGGAACUUGGAAUCGAAUAUGACGAAGAUGUAGACGUAAAUCUGCAGUCAUUCUGUGAUUUGCUACAACAUGACAAGAAGCGGGCCAGAUGCCGGUGAUUUCACAAGAAGAAUCAAUCAGCCUGCAAGCAUAUAUAAUUUCUCAAUAGAGGUGAACUUUUUUUUUUCAGUUUCUUGUAGAUUCUGAAUCCUUGUAUCUAGAAACGUGCUUCAGGGUUCUGAUGAAUGAAUUCAUUUUAUUGAGGUCUGCUUACCACCCCUUUGAUAUGUAUACCCGCAUAAAUUUUUUAUGCCAUUGUUUUAUGAACGGUUCAUGGUUGCUUACUUCUGAGUUGGGAGGGGCUGGGAAAUUAUCGAACUUUUAUUGAAUAGCCAAAAAAAAAAUUCAGUUUUUUCAUCAUCGU